AGAGCCACGACACCAUUACACUGUGGGAGAUCUCUAACUGCUCGUUUGAACGAUUUUAAGCAGCAACCUGAAAAGACAUUUUUUCUGAGACUUUCAGAGAUCCUGUGUCUCUGAGCUGCAACCACAGCUUCUGUUCAAGCUGCCUGCACAAAUUCUGGGAACAAACUGAAAACAAAAACUGUCCCAUUUAUAAAAGAAAAUCCUCAACAGAAGAUCCUGUGGUGAACUUUUCACUGAAGGAACUGGCUGACUCCUUUGCUGAGAGACAGAAAGCUGGAUCAUCUGAGACAGAAAAAAAGAGAAGAGAAUAAAGGCGUGCUGAGAUGUAAACAUUCAGACGUCCCUAAAUUGUUCUGUGAGGACGAGCAGAGAGCUGUGUGUCCUGUCUGUGAGUUUUCUCUCCACCAGAGUCACAAGAUACCGAAUUGUCCUGCACUGAAAGAAAAGUAUAUUUCACUCUGAAAGACAUCCUGACAGCUCUGUCUGCUGGUGACAUAAGUACAUGGCAGCAUUUCCUACUGUUAAAUAUUCACCUCGUGACAGGCAGAUGUAAAUGAAAAUGAAAGUAGAUUUUGACAUUGUUGAGAGAAAGAGCUGAGACGCCAUUACAGGGUGUGAGAUCUCUGCUGAAAAACACACAUUUGGACUAUUUGAAGCAAUCAAGGGAAGAGACAGUAACUUGGUGAGUCUUGCUAUUGAAAGAUAACUUCAAUAACAAAUGGCUGAGAAAACCGCUCUUCUUGAAAGUUUCCUGAACUGCCAUGUGUGUUCAGAGACUUUCAGAGAUCCUGUGUCUCUGAGCUGCAACCACAGAUUCUGUUCAAGCUGCCUGCACAAAUUCUGGGAACAAGCUAAAAACAAAAACUGUCCCAUCUGUAAAAGGAAAUCCUCAAAAGAUAACCUGACAGUGGACUUUGCACUGAAGGAACUGGCUGACUCCUUUGCUGAGAGACAGAAAGCUGGAUCAUCUGAGACAGAAAAAGGAGAGAAGAAGGUGGAGGUGGUGUGUAGUAAACAUCAAGAAGAGCCUAAAUUGUUCUGUGAGGACGAGCAGAGAGCUGUGUGUCCUGUCUGUGAGUUUUCUCUCCACCAGAGUCACAAGGUGGUUCCUAUAGAACAAGCAGUCAGUGACCUGAAGGACCAGCUGAAAUCUGACUUAGAGUCUCUACAGGACAAGAGGGACAAAUUCAAACAAGUGGAGAAAACAUAUAAUGAAGUGAUUCAACACUCCAAGAAGCAGCUGUUGUCCACAGAGCAGCAGAUCAGAGCAGAGUUCAACAAGCUCCACCAGUUCCUGAAAGAGGAAGAGGAGUCCAGACUGGCAGCUCUGAGGGAGGAAGAGGAGCAGAAGGGGAAGACUAUCAGCAGGGAGAUGAAGAUGAUUCAGGAGCAGAUCUCCUCUCUGUCAGACAGCAUCUCUGCUGUUGAAGAAGACCUGCAGAAACACAACGUGCCAUUCCUCAGCAGUUAUAAAGCCACUCAGACCAGAGCCAGAGUCCAGCGCUCACUGUCAGAGCCACAGCUGGUCUCAGGAGCGCUGAUAGAUGUGGCCAAACACCUGGGCAACCUGUCCUUCAGAGUCUGGGAGAAGAUGAAGGACAAGGUCCACUUCAGUCCUGUCAUUCUGGACCCAAACACUGCAGGCCCCUGGCUCCAUCUGUCUGAUGAUCUGACCAGUGUGAGAAAUGUAGACACCAAACAGCAGCUUCCUGACAAUCCAGAGAGAAACACAAAGUAUGCCACUGUUCUGGGCUCUGAGGGCUUCAGCUCAGGGAAACACAGCUGGGAGGUGGAGGUGGGAGACCAUCCUGUCUGGAAUGUGGGUUUGGUUAAAGAGUCAGUCGACAGGAAGGGGGAGAUACGUGUCUCACCAAAAUAUGGAGUCUGGUGUUUAUUACAUAACAGUGGAAAAUACACUAAUGUUCUUGGUAAGACUGUCACAGUGAAGAAGAGUCUCCAGAGGAUCAGAGUCCAGCUGGACUAUGACAGGGGGGAGGUGUCCUUCUACAACCCUGAAGACAUGACUCACAUCUACACUCACAGAGACACUUUCACUGAGAAACUCUUCCCUUAUUUUUUUGUUUUCAGGUCUGGUGAUGCCAAAACCACUGAUAUCAAAAUCUGUCAGACCGAGAUUUCUCUGUGACGUUCAGACGUGUUAGUGUUAGCGAAGACUUUACUCUGACUUCACUGCCUGUCUAGAUCUCAUUGGAAUAAUCAACACAAACAGUUAAUCCAGAAAAAAGAAAUGUGUAUUCAAUCCUGAAACUGUAUUACAUCAUCAGGUGAAGCUUUCUUAUAGGUACAAAUAAAUUAAAUUUUUUGGAGUAUAAUUUAUUGGCCUGGUUAGCAGCAUCUUGUAUUUAUAUAACAUAUACUGUAUCCAUUAUACCAAAUACAUUGUUUCCAGUUGUGUGAUUCUUUUACUUUUAUCGUCAUCAGACAUCAGUUUUGAUUUGUAAGAUUUCUGGAUCUUCUGAUGAGUUUUUUACAUUUUACACUUAGACUCUCAGUGGUACAGUGCAUCAAAACACAUGCUGGCUCGACUGAUUAUUUGUUCUUUUGUUGUUCAACAGAACAUUUGUUGUAUCUACUGUGUGAAAUGAAUUAUGUGGUAAGUGGUUUUCAUCUUUGUUUAUUGUUUUCAUGCAACCCACUGUAAAAACAUGUACACGUGAAUCAUUAUUUGAGAUUUGAUUAAAUUUAUUUUUGGAAAGACCUUGAGCAAUUAAGGAUCUGUUGCUUUGUUGUAUAGUAGUAUCUGUCGUCAGUUCUAGUAUUUGAUAUUCUUGGAUCUUUUGAUGAGUUAUUUCAGUUCAGAUCUGUUGUUUUACUCUGAGGAAACAAGUGUUUUAAUAUAUUUUUAUAUUGAUUCAGUCUUUAAUUCUAACAGUGCUUCUUCAUAGAGUAUGUGAUAUUUUUUGUAGCGUAAACACGGUCAAUAACAUGAAUGAUAAACGGCAAUGUCCAGUUUGUGAUCAACAUAAAGGAAAUAUCAACAGAACAAUUUAUUUUACUGUUUAUGUUUUUAUUGAAUCAAUUAUAUCUUCAUAAAAUGUACAUCAGAUGGAUGCUGCUUCACAUGAUGUGUAAUUAAAUCACCAACAGUUUUUAUUCAGAA